AUGCCCUUCAAUACUGCUCUCACCCGCAAAUUGGGCAUCCGUGUGCCAGUGGUUCAAGGCGGCAUGCAAUGGGUGGGAUACGCCGAACUCGCAUCCGCCGUCUCCAACGCGGGAGGUCUAGGAAUCCUCACAGCCCUCACACAACCCAGCCCGGACGCUCUCCGCGCCGAAAUCCAACGCUGCAAAACCCUCACGAGCAAACCCUUUGGCGUAAAUCUCACCUUGCUCCCCUCCAUCAACCCCCCGGACUACGCCGGCUACGCCCAAGCGAUUCUCGACUCCGGAAUCCGCAUAGUCGAAACCGCAGGAAAUUCCCCCGGGCCCAUCAUCAAAAUGCUCAAAGAAGCCUCUCCCCCCUGCAUAAUCCUCCACAAAUGCACCACAAUCCGGCACGCUCUCAGCGCCGUCAAACUCGGCGUAGAUUUUCUCUCUAUCGACGGUUUCGAAUGUGCAGGCCACGUCGGCGAAACAGACAUCACCAACCUCAUCCUGCUCAACCGCGCGCGUCAAGUUCUAACCAUCCCCUUCAUUGCGUCGGGAGGAUUCUGCGACGGACAAGGAUUGGCAGCGGCGUUAAAUUUGGGCGCCGCGGGGAUUAAUAUGGGAACGAGAUUCAUGUGUACGAUGGAAGCGCCGAUACAUGUGAAGAUUAAAGAGUCGAUUGUGGCUGCGCAGGAGACGGAUACGCAAUUGGUGUUGCGGAAAUGGAAAAAUACUUCGAGGUUGUUUAAGAAUAAAGUUAGUUCCGAGGCGUAUCGGAUUGAAAAUGAUCCGGAGACAAAGGAGUUUAAGGCUGUGGGGCCGUUGGUGAGUGGAGCGAGGGGCAGACAGGUGUUUGUGAAUGGAGAUCCGGAUUUUGGGGUCUGGACAGCUGGUCAAGUCGUCGGUCUCAUUCACGAUAUCCCUUCCUGCGAAACUCUCGUCUCUCGAAUCGAAUCCGAAGCCAUUGCCAGUUUACAACAAGCUUCGGCCUUGAUUGUCCAUGAUGAUAAAAUUCAUGCCAAGUUAUAG